CGUGCUGCAACAUUGCAUAAAGUCAGAACGUGUCGUCAGGUUUCAAAGGCGUUUUAGUUUCCAGAGCAAACUGUUUUAACUUGCAGCUAUGUUAGGUGUAGCCUUGUCAUAUUUUCUGCAUUUUUACACUUUGGUUUAUCAUAUUUUUGUUCCCUGCGUGGAUCCUGAGCAGCUGCUCGUGAAAUCUGUUGAUCAGCAUCAGUAUCUGGGGAAAUGGUUCUUCAAGGCGGCUGUCAGUCGGAGGGCGGCGGACAUCAGCAAGUUCAAGAUGUUUGACAACAUCGCCUUCACCAUGGAGGGCACCGCCGACAGGACGCUGGUCUUGACCGGAUACAUGCGGAUGGGAGAUGACUGCAUAAAACACAAUUGGACCUAUCAUAUACAGCCUGGGAGGGACGACAUGGUGCUGGAAGGAAGGACGUACCGCAGGAACCUCCUCUGGAACGGCACGUGGGCCAACUGCCAGGACUGCAUCAUUUUCCAGGAAGUAGAGCCGCCUCUAAAAGAGACCGACUCAGAGGACUCUCUCAACAGAUUCAUGUUAUAUGUUCGGCAGAAGGAUGUCGACUCUGAGGUGGUGACAACGUUUCUUAGAAAUUCAGCUUGCCAUAACAUGAAGGAGAGCGUCAGACUACCUCAUGAGAAAGAGUUUUGCAUCUAGACGUGAGAGCCCAGUCCCAGGAACUGGCGCUGCAGCUGCUGAGGGCUGACGACCCACCCAUAAAAAACUAAACAGGAAAUCCCAGCAUUCACAUGAAGGACGGAGCAGUUUGUCUGCUGAAAUAAAUGUCUUACUUCUUUUUCACCUUAUCAGAACAGCAUUGAUCUGUGGAUGUGACCUGCAUCAUCAGAUAUAAAAUGUAUAUUUCCUUCACUUUUACAUUUCUCUGAAUAAACAAAGCUUCAUUAUUGAUAA